AUGACUUCAGCUUCCGAACCACCAUCGUCACCUCUCGCAACAGAGCCCGGCAAGGGCAACCGCCCAUCACCAAGAAGCCACAUUCGCAUAGCACGCCCGUCUCGAUCUCUUGCCGCUGCCGAAAAGUUCUGGAAGGACGGACUAGGCUUGCAUGUGCUCUGGCGUUCUGGGCCCCCGGAGCAUGUUGAAGGUGGUCAUGAGCUCCUCAUGUUAGGUUGGCCAGGCGCAUCAUGGCACCUAGAACUUGUUCAGGUAUAUGAACAGGACGGUGUGGACAUGCAGCCACGCCCAACGGAGGAGGAUCUCCUUGUGAUUUAUCUAGAUGGACCGGUUGAUCCUGCCGUGGUCAGUACCUUGGUCGAUGCGGGAGGGAAGCGGUUGGAAGCGCCGAAUCCGUACUGGAAUACUUGGGGUGUCACCCUUGAGGAUCCAGAUGGCUAUCGACUGGUGCUGUGCAAAAGGGAAUGGAGUAACUAA